UCCGGCCGUCAGUUUUCAGCCGUCACUCAAAAAGAAAAGGGCGCUUUGUAAAUUAAAAAAAUAAACGUAUCCUAAAAGUUACGUUAUCUUCCUUUAAUCCGUAAUUGAAGAAAUUAAACUAUGGCUCAGCUGGUUAACAGUAAGAAAAUUCUAGAAUUCUUGGAACUUGUUGGUCGUUUAAAGCAUGUUAAGCGGACUGGUUGGCUAUUAUGCGACAUCGAUGAAUGCGAAUCUAUAGCGGGCCAUAUGUACCGCAUGGGUAUAAUGACUUUCCUUCUGACUGAAGAGAACAAUCCCACCAAGUUGGAUCGUUUGAAAUGCCUACAAAUAGCUUUAGUCCAUGACUUAGCAGAAUGUAUAGUUGGUGAUCUUACUCCACAUUGUGGUGUCACUCCAGAUGAAAAACACCGUAGAGAAGAUGAAGCUAUGAAACAAAUAGCUGAUCUCACUGGCAUAGCCGGUGAUAGAAUGUAUGAGCUUUAUCAGGAAUAUGAGAAGCAGAGCUCCCCUGAAGCGGCAUUCGCUAAGGACUUGGACAGGUAUGACAUGAUACAACAAGCAUUUGAGUAUGAGAAACGCGAGAAUGCACCUAGAAAGCUUCAAGAAUUUUUCUCAGCAACUGAAGGGAAGUUCAAACAUCCUUUCAUAAAAGAAUUAGUCAAAGAGUUAAACAGACAAAGAGAUGAAUUUGAAAAAAAAUCCUCAUUAGAUGGUGAAGCUAUUUGAAUAGUCAUAAAAGCAUACAUUUAUCAAUUUUAUUAAUUUUAAUUUAAAUCGUUUAAAUUAUUUGAAAGUGCAUAAAACUAUUAAUAUUGUGAUUUUUCAGUAACAUACAGAUUAACACAUUUUAACAGCUAUUUAUUUAACUAAAUUAUGAGAUCAAUAAUUCAAGUAGGUAUUUUGUAACAAACCAGCAUAGAUAGCUAUUUCUUACUUUUUGAAAAUACUUACAAAAGAAGUGCCAUUUUGCAUUUUUGUAAUGAUAUUGUAUUAUACUCAAGUAGGAGUAAUGUCUGCUAAUUAUACUUAAGCCACCUUAAUACAAAAUAUUGACUAAAGUUAAACCUGGGUUAAAACUGGUGUUGUCACUUAUGUUUGCUAAAAAGAAUUUACAGACAACUUUGGUUGUAAACCAAGACUAACUUUAGCAUGCAUUUUGGAAUAAGGAGGAAUAUUAAUAAAAUUUUUAAAAAAUGGUUAAGUAAUAUAAUACAAAAAGGUCCCUAUUUGAAAUGCAUUAUAAAGUACAUAAUUACUUAUAUGAAAGAGAGAAAUUAGAGGAAACUCAAAAAGAUAUAGAAUUUGGUAUUAAGAUUUGGCCUGUUGAUUAUUUGAUAAUACUAUUAUGCAUUACAUAUUUGCACAAGCUAAGCGAGUCUUAUAAACGCAUGAUUAUUUUCAUUGUAUUUAACAAGGUUACUUAUGUGAAACUUUGUAAGUAAUAUUUUUUAUCUUCUUUGCAGUUUCCUUUAAUAAAAAUUAUCACGUGUAUAGAGAUAAAAAAGAUGUGUACUAAGCAAAAAUGUUUGUUUGAGGUCUUGGCCGUUUUGACUCAUUUCACAAUAAGUUUGUUGCUGGUCAACCAUUCUCACAUUGUGAAGUGAAUCAGCGUGUGUGUGUGUGCGGUACGAUGAAAUAAUUUACUCAUAACCCAUUCAUGGAUAACAUAUCUAUCCCCAGAAAGAGGUGACUUAUUUGUUUAAAUAUUUUUUUGUAUACUUAAUGUUAAAUAACAAUGGAUAUUUACAAACUUAACUGUGAUAAGACUCUUACUAGCGGGGAAUGUUUGUUAGUCAUCCAUCAUUACACAAUUCUUCAGUGCCGUGCCCAAGGCAGCUUGUUAAGAAAUAUCGCGAUUGAUUCAUAUUUCCUUUUUCAUUAUUUAUAAAAGAUAAAAGUAUUGGUGUUGUACUUACUUAACGAUUAUUACAUACUGGUAAUGAUGUCGAUUCUGGCAUGAUUCACUAAAGCUAAACUUAAAUUUGACAACAGUGCAUCCUUGUCCUUCUCUAUACGGAAUGAAAAGGUGAGACUGACCUUAAAUUUAGUUUUAAGUUUAGAGAAUCACGCCGGAAUUGGGCCCACUAGCUCAUUUGCAAAAAUCCUGACAAGAAUUUUAGUAACUAUGUUAACGUUGUCGAGCAAUUUACAAUUUAAGUAACACUUAUGCCUAAUUGCAAGCAAUAGAGUGCUCUAUUAGGAUAUAAGGGCCUUUUUCGAUUUCUGUGAUCAUUUGUUCACAUUUUAUAUUAAUAUGUAAUUACAUAUUAUGUCACUUUUCUAUAGGUCUGUAACAUUAAAGCCGUCUGGCUAAUUGAACUUGUAAAUUAUUGUUAGUAGGUGUUUGUUUACAUAAUCAACAAUCUCUUAUGACGGUGACUAAAUGAUAUCAAACCAAAGGAUAUUGAAAAAAAACUAAGAAGCCUCUUUCAGUUUCCACAUUCAGUUCAAUGUGUCAAACAGACAGACAGAACUUCAAACAAAUUCAUAAUUUUAAUUGCGGUAUUUUUCGAAUUCCUUCGGCUUUUAGCAAACGCCAAAAAUAUAUUCCAAUCUCUGAAUUUCAUUGAUGUAUUAUAAGCAAACCUAGAAGUUUGUAAGUUCUAUAUUUUUUUACCAAAACCAUAAUUAUCUUUUCUGUCUUUGCCUAGUCUAUCCAGAACGACUUAAGCGAAUACAUCAAACAUUACUUUAUUUUGUCCACAUGUUGGUUUUUAGGCCAUACUCGGAUUUUAUCUUGUUAGGCGUUUGAAGUUGAUCUCUUCUAAGACAUGAAUGAGUCAAUCAAAUACCCAAAACGCUAUUAUUAAUAAACAAAAACUAAUUACUAAACUUGGAUUAUUUUCCAUGCUUUGUCUCUGUUCAUUGAAUGACAAAUGACAUUUGAGUGAUAUGAACAAAACACGGUGUAACUAGUCUAGGCUUAUUCCUCGUUUAUUACUAUGGUUAUUAGUUUAUUAGUUUGACUUUUGCUAAGAGUCUUUAGGCCCGUAUUAUAGAAAGAUUUAAGUAAUUAAUCUAGUCUUGAGCAUAGUCAGAAAGGGAUAAUGCUCAUGCUCACAUCCCUUUCUAACUGUACUCAAGUAAAGAACAACAAUUAGUUGUCAUUCUGUAAUACGAGUAGUCUAAUAUAGAAGCGUCGGAACUUUGAUAUUUGAACUUACCGCAUAUACAGAUAACGUUACAGAGCUAGCUAGCUAGUUAAGCAUAAAAACAUCACCCAGCACAGCUCCAUGUAUUUUUGGGAAAAUUGGAAAAACAGUACUAGAGUAAGUUAUUCAAAAUAGCUACUUACGUAACUAAGUCAGUUCAUGAUAAUUUAAGUUUAUUUUAUAUGAUCCAUGAAAAUAUAUUAUUGUAUAUUAUCGAUAUUAUCUCAAGAUAUUAUAGAUAUUAUCUCUCUCUCAGUUCAUCAGAAAAUGAGCAUUAGGUACCUAUAUGUCGUUUUCGGUUAGUUUUUUUAUUGGUGUUUUUUUCUAUUUUUAUUUUAUUGCUAAGAUAAUAAUUAUAUGUAUUAGAUUUGUAUUUAAACGACAACCCGUAAGCAAGUAUGACCAUCACAGCACAAAUAACAUUGCACCACCUCUCUGCAAGUCAUCAAAUCAAUAUGAAAUCAUUUUUAACAUUGUUUCUGGCAUUUUCAUGACAAUAAUGUUAAGUUUAAGGAUGUUUUACUUUUUAAUACCUACAAUACACAGUAUUAUUAUUCUCCUAGGAUAGUCGUUAAAAUCGGAAGUUUACCUACAUAUUUUUGUUUAACCAAAAAUUCCAUUGUUCCUAGAACAAAAAAGAGCUAAUGACAUGUUAUUUUGGUUACGAACCAGUUGUUAUAUUAUUUUGAACUUAAUUAAUGAAUAAUUUUAUUAGUAGAUACUUAUUUGAGUAAUAGUUGCAAUAUUUAUAAAAUUCAUUUGUUUGUAGAUAUAGGAAUUACUUGUAGUGUUUGAAACAUUACGUAUCCACAUUGCUGAGCGAUGUUGCAUUUCGUAGAACAUACAGUGUCCAUUUUGCCCGGGAUCCAACGUCGCACCGGGCUUGAAUACAAAAAAAAUGUUGCAUUAUUUGGAUUGUAAUCGUCAUUUUAGCCAUGCCGGUAUCCCUAUUGCAUUGCCAUGCAGUAAUUCUUUCUUCAUACAAUUUACUGUUUUACACAAAGUUCUUUCUUAUAAUGAUAAUACAUAUAUACAUAAUAAAGAUUUAUCCAACCAAUUAAAGUUAUUUUAAAGUACUCAAGUGUGUAGUUGGGUUUAGCCAUCUGAAGUGCUAGUAUCAACUGAAAAUUCUUCCAGUCAUCAUGUUUUAGCCACUGCAGUUAUCGAAACACCAUCGCCUCUAUCGGCCAGUACCAAUAAUUUAACUCCAGUAAGAGAAAGGCCUUUACGAACUUUAUUGCCUAGAUAUUUUUAGCAGACUUCAAAAGGAGGAGGUUGCAAUUCGUAUUUUAUUAUUUUGUUUAUGGUCAAUUCAUACUAGCAUAGAGUAGAAGCGCAUCGAAGCGAUUUUAAGAAUACUAACAUAGCAAAAAAUCUCUUGUCUCUGCAGCGUAAUCCACAUAUUCCUUCUGAAGCCCAAGCAGGAACUUUGACAAGUCAGUGAUCGUAUCGUCAAAUGUUGUAUGGAAGAAUUCAGUUUGUUAUUACUUCCGGUAGGGGCGCUGCUUAGUUUUCAUAGAAACUGACGCUGCGAUACGAGGAUUACAGCUGGAUAACAGAGCUGUCAAAGUUCACGCUCGAGCCUUGCGCCGUCAAUGGUGAUUUGCUUUUCACGUUUUUGAAAUUCGCUUCGAUGCGUUUCGUUUCUGCCACAGAACACAGAAAGGUUUCUAUGUUCUGUGGUUUCUGCGCUAGUAUGAAUUAUUACAAUCUUACAAUCACAAAACAACUAUUGAUAAGAAACGAAAUCUAGUCUACUGGAGGUUGAUUAAUGUUACUGGCCGUACAUAAACACGCCUCAAAAUAGUUACAGCGAGACAUAGGCUAACAACACACGGAUCUGUCUUUCCCCGCACCCGGCGGCCGCAGAGCUGUUUUAUUUCAAAACUCACGAGACCGCAGUUUCCUACGGUCUCGCAGCAGCCGUCAUGGCUGAGAGUUCGGGCGAAACCCGUCCCAUCUGCGGGCGGAAACAGCACCGCGUUUUACCUACAAUUUCACAUUCUACGGGAGAUGCGGGAGAAAAUCGCGAUGGAGUUCUUAGCCAAAGGUGCCGAAAACUUAGACCUUACUUAACUUGCUACAGUACCUACGUAUUGUAUUGUAACAGUUAACUACUGUAAAGAAUUAAAUAAAAGUUUUCUACUCCUCGAGUGUUUCUCUUUAACUCUGUAAUCACCUAUGGAGUUAGUUCGUACGGGAGAACAUACAAAACACAUAAAGAUAAAAUAAAUAUACUACUAAUAAAUUUUUGAAAGUGUAUUUUGAGUAAACAGCAAAGUAUUAGAAAUAAUGUGAGUGAAGAUGAUUAAAUAUAUUUAAAUAUUGUGAAGUAAUGAGUAUUUACAAUAAGACAAGGUUGCAAAAUACUAAAUGAUGAAAAUAGAUAUAUCCCAAACUUAAAAGAAUGGCUUAGGUCAGUGAGACUGAGGUAUUUAUUGUAUCUGAAAAGCUGUGACCUUCCAAAUUAUAAUAAUGUAUAUGGUACUAGAGUUGAACAAUAUUUAUUACCUAAAAUACUUAAUAAACUCCCUGAAGAAUUAAGCCAACUUAUUAAAUCAGGCGCUAAGUAUAAGUCUAAGCUAAAAAAUAAUUUCAUUGAAUAAAAGCCCGUAAAUCAUCUUUUAUUGUAAACUAUUCAUUUUGAAUUACAGAACUGUCAAUGUAGUUAUGUGGUGGUUAGGUGAUUUCACAAGGCUGUAGCAACUUAUCUAUGCCAGAUAAACCAUAACCUCCAUAUAAAUUAAGGAAGACUAAGCUUGGAUUAGUUACUUUGUUUUGUCUCUGUCUAUUGAAUGACAAAUGGCUUUUGAGUGAUAUGAACAAAACACGGUGUUACUAGUCCAAGCUUAAUCCUUGUUUAUUAAUAAGGCGGUUAAGGUUUUAGGCCUGGAAUGUAAAUAAUUUAAUUGUAUACUUAUAAUUUAAAAUAAAGAGAGACAAAAAUACCUGCUUUUAAACUGAACUUUUUAUACCAAGAUGGAAGAUGGACCUGCUUUGAAUAUAUUGUUCGUACCUCUCUUUACUUACUCGAUGCUUUGGAUAGGUACCUUGCAAAAAUGUGCAAUACUUCGUAUAUUUCCAGUCGCCCCCGCGGGGAUUGCCACCGUAUGCAAAUGGGAAUAAACUAAGUGAAGUAAAGGCAAUGACUAUUUCCAUUUGGCUCCAGUGGCAGUCCCCGCGGGAGCGGCUGGGAAUAAACGUUCCGUUUUCAUAUUCCCAUUUGCCUCCAGUGGGAAUCCCCACGGGAGCGACUGGAAAUAUAUGAGAUCCUUUUCAUUGCCGACAUGGAUGAGACUAACCAACCUCGUAAUAUUGCUUCAUUAUGGACAUUCGUUCAACUAUAUCAAGGAGCGUUCUGAGAAGUUGUCCCAUCUCCUCUCGUUCAAAGGAUGACGGGUACUAGCUUACCAUGCAUGUGGUAACCCUAAGCAAGCUGUCAAAACAAAGAUCUGACCAACCAAAUCUGAGCUGAAGAAAAUAUCAAAUGUAGUCUUCUUUAGGAACCAUCAGAUUAAUUAAAAAAUCCUAUGGGAACUGCAAAUAAAAGUACAGCUCAUUACGUACUUUUAGAAUUUUAUUGUACAAAAAUUGAUAAUUGAGUAAUAUACAUAGUGACCUAUUCAGUCAAAAUUAAUAUUUUACAUUACGUUUUGCAUAAAUGCUAGAAUAUGAAUUUUGUGACCAUUCUUAUUUCAUUCAUAUCUUCACAUUGCUUGCUUAUUAUCAAACUUGCCAGAUUUCAUUCUGGUACAAAUACAUGUUAUAAGAGAAUCAAAAAAAAAACAGCGUGUAAUUGGGUAAUUUAUUGAAUUAGGCUUUUAUGGAACUGAAAAUUUUAGUAUAAACUUGAAAAUGUAAAUUAAAUGAGUGCUUCUAUCACAUGAACAAUUUCAGCUAUCAGCAAUAAAGCUUAAAAUUUAUGUUCAUCAUAUGGAGCAGUCAUGUAAUUCUUACCUAUAGUGUGUUCAAUUAAUUUACAGCUUGUUUUUGAUUAUUGCUCCCACCUGAUUGCUCCUCUUUUUUUCGUUGUUUUUCUCGCAUCAAUUCAGCAUCCCUAAAACAUGAAACAACUGAGUAUAACACUUGCUGCCUUUUCAGAAUUGAGAAAAAUAUUCUGGGAUGCCGUAACAAAAAUCUGUGA